AUGGCUUUACGUGUUUCCCUUACCCCUGCUCAGGUGUUCUGCGGAAAGAAAACGGCGAAGUUAGGAAGCGUGGAAAGACCUUUCUUAAUCCACAACAUCCCUACGUGGGGAAACACGCUUUUCACCUUCCUUUUGCAGACAGCUAGCAUCAUUUCAACAGCUAGUCGUGGCAGUGCAGAAGUGUUUCAGAGCAGCCGGGCGAUUCGUCAGAGAGCUUUGCUCUCCCUUCUCAUCCAUGGGAUUGUUGACGAGCGCUGCUCCAGGAGUAGUAGCCCCCUGCAGAAGAACAUCCAGGGAGACAGACACACAGCCGCCUUCAACUGCAGCCCACCCAGCGUCCCCAGGUUAGAAACACAGACGUCCGAAAUCAUAGCACAGGCGUCAGGUCGGUCCAGAACUCCCGCUAGCGAGUCUCGCAAGCAUUGGAAACUGGAUGAACAGCGUCCUCCGCCGUCACAUCCACGAAGUGGCACCAGCCACUGCCGAUGGAUGAUCCGCACCUUGGCCGUUUCCCGUGCAGGAAGGAGGGUGCAGCUGGGGCGAUGGGUAAGGCUCCUGUUUGGACGUGAAUUCCCACUUCAGGACCUUCUGGUUGUCUGGGAUGCUCUAUUUGCCGACAGUAUCACCCUGAAUUUAGUUGACUACAUUUUUGUAGCCAUGUUGUUAUACAUUAGAGAUGCCUUGAUUUCAAGUAAUUAUCAAACCUGUUUGGGACUUCUGAUGCAUUAUCCACCUAUUGGAGAUGUUCACUCCCUUAUCCUAAGAGCACUUUUUCUCCGAGAUCCAAAGAGAAAUCCAAGACCAGUGACUCACCAAUUCCAACAAAAUUUAGAUUAUUACAAAGCACGUGGAGCAGACUUGAUGAACAAAACCCGCGCCAGUGCUAAGGCUGCCCCACUGAACAUUAACAAAGUCUCCAACAGCUUACUGAAUUUUGGCCGAAAGCUCAUUGCUCCGGCGAUGGCUUCAGGUGGGGCUGUGGGUGCUCCCGCCAGUGGGAGCAGCUUUCCUCCCCCUGCAGUGCCCAUCAGAAGCUCAGUGGAAACCCCCCAGCACCACCACCACCACCACCACCAGCCUCACCACCACCAGGCACAGCAGCAGAGGAUGAUGAAGUCCGAAAGCAUGCCAGUUCAGCUGGGCAAAGGACAGCGGGCCGCAGGCGGCGAUGCUGGGCUGCCGGGCCCUGCGCAGCAUCCCCCUGCCCUCCCAGGCCAAAGUUCAAAAAACAUCAGCUCAUCCCCAAGCAUAGAGAGCUUGUCUGGAGGACGUGAAUUUACAGGAUCUCCACCACUGUCUGCGUCAAAAAAGGAUUCCUUUUUCAGUACAAUCUCCCGCUCCCGUUCCCAAAGCAAAACUAUGAGCAGAAAAGAAUCGGAGGAGGAAUUGGAGGCCCAGAUUUCAUUCCUACAAGGACAACUAAACGACUUGGAAGCCAUGUGCAAAUAUUGUGCAAAAAUGAUGAACACACAUCUCGGAAAUAUUCAGGAAGUCAUAUUACAAGAACACUUGGAAAAAGAAGAUGAAAUUCUGGUUUCCUUGGCUGGUUUGAAGCAGAUCAAGGACAUCUUGAAAGGUUCCCUGCGUUUCAACCAGAGCCAGCUGGAAGCUGAAGAAAAUGAGCAAAUCACGAUCGCCGAUGAUCAUUACUGUUCCAACAGUCAGAACAAGGGGACCAGUGAUGUCCUAAAGGGACCUGUUAUGACAAAACAACAGUUCAUCUCAGGACGACAGACUACGACUGAUUCGAACACUAGUGAGAGCAAGAGUGCUGAUGACUACAUUAUGGUUUCCAAAGAAGAGGAAGGAAGUAGACGUGCUGUCCUGGAGCCAGCGCAGCCCCAUCAGGCACACAAGGAGGCAGCGGUGAAGCCAGAAGCUCCGUCUCGUUCUUCUUUGAUAUUCUCUGACCCACUGAUGGGCUCCAUUUCAGCCUCCUCCAGCAACCUGAGCUCCAGCCCUGAUGACGACAGUAGUAACAACAGCAAAGAUUCUGACUUUGCUAUUGUCAGCCCACUGGACAUCUAAAGAAACAGACUGGAAGAGUUUGGGAGGUCGGUUGUUGCACCUCAGCUCAAAUUCCUAUGAUUCCAGGGGCUGGAUAGUUCUUUGG